GAAGCGCCGGACGGAAAAUGACGAACGUACGUACGACGAACAUAGAAUAUAGUUAUUUGUGGUGGGCUCCUAAAAAGAUGUUUCUUUUACAAUACAAUAAAUAUUUACAAUACAAUAAACACUAAAAUCUACCUAACCACCUACUUCUAGACCACAUUAUAUUUAUGUGAGCCAUUUUUCUUGCCGCGUAAUUUUUAAUUCUAACUAAGUCGCAGGAUAAAGUUAUCACAUUGUAUUUAUAAAGUAGCAUUAUUCAUGUAAACACAGAAUGGAACAAUUGGAGCGGAGUUUACUACUAAUCGAAGUCCGCGCGAUCGAAAGACAUGCUAUAUGUAAGUAAAAGUGUGUGGCCCAUGCUCCGUUGGUAUGAUAAGGUUACGGGAAAAAAUGUUCACUAAUCUUAAAAAUGAAAAUGAUCUCGUACUGUAUUUACCAUACUAUCGUGAUUCUAGAAAUCGGUAAAAACACAAGUCUAAAAUAAUUAUAUUUCCCAAAUGUUAGAUAAUUUUUAUUCGUCUAUCAAUAAUACUUUGUGAAGGUUAUUAAAAUGUUUUUGAUAAUUUACUUAUCAUUGCGAUUAGUUAACCGGUGCCUUUCAGUACCGAAAAAACGCAGAACACGACAUGUCCGCUGGCGAGAGGUCCGAGAUGGCCGAGAGGGGCGGGAAACCGGUGGACCUGGACACGAUUCUUGUUGACGAGGUGGGGCAGUUCGGAGCAUAUCAGAUAACGACGCUACUGCUCGCAGCGUUGCCUGUCAUUUUUUCCGCGUUUGCCUCCGGCGAGUAUAUUUUUACCACCGCCCGCGUACCCAGUAGGUGUGUUAUCCCUCAAUGCGACACCGCCACACCGGAGUAUGCACCGUCCUGGAUACUCAAUGCCGUGCCGGGUACGAGUGUUACGAACUUCGACAACUGCGCCCGGUUUGUUAACAGCUCGGUCCAGGCGGCCACAGAGGCGCAAUGCCCGGCCGAGUGGUUCGAUCGCUCGCGCACCGAGUCUUGCCAGGGCUAUGUCUACGAGAACACGCUCAGCGUCGUCUACGAUUUCGAUAUGGCGUGCGAUGAGUGGCGGCGUUCACUGAUAGGCACCAUUCGUACGGUGGGAACUCUUUUGGUCCUACCGAUAACGGGCUACGUGUCGGACCGCUGGGGGCGUCGGGUGGCGCUCACGCUCAACGCCUUCAACACCGGCUGGAUUGGCCUCGUGCGCUCCUUCGUUCACUCCUACGAAUGGUUCCUGGCUCUCGAAGUGUUAGAGUCGACCGUCGGCGCCGGCGCUUACUCUUCUUGCUACAUUCUCGUGACCGAGCUCGUCGGACCCGGCUACCGGGUGAUCGCAGGCGCCACCAUGUCGACGAUGUUCGCGCUCGGCCAAGUAUUUCUCGGCCUGAUCGCGUGGGGCGUACCCUCGUGGCGUCCACUUACGCAGGUGAUCUAUGCGCCACAGCUACUCGUCGUUACCUACUUUUGGAUCCUCUCUGAGUCAGUUCGUUGGCUGCUGAGCAAAGGAAAGUUUGAAGAAGCCGAAGAAAUUCUCAAAAAAGUAGCAAAACGAAACAGACGAGAACUGUCUGAUAAGUCACUCGAAGCGCUGCGGGAGAGUGCCGAACGCGAGAAGCUUACGCCACCUCCGGCUGAGGCCUGGCUGCCCUUGCAAGUACUGCGCUCGCGUGUUAUUCUAUCGCGUUGUCUUGUGGCGCCCGUGUGGUGGAUUACAAAUACUCUUGUAUACUACGGAAUGUCUAUCAACGCCGUUAACCUGUCAGGCAACCGGUAUCUCAAUUACGUGUCAGUCGCAGCUGUUGAGAUUCCAGGCUAUUGGACGGCUAUUCUCCUGUUAGACCGCGUCGGCCGCAAGCCCGUCCUCAUCGUAGCCUACACGUUCUGCGCCGCCUGCCAAUUCACCUUCGCUUUUCUACCGGAAGAUGCAGGCAGCGGUGCUUCGCUUGCAGUGUACUUGCUAGGUAAGUACAGCAUCGCGGUGGUGAUGACAUCUGUGUACGUGUACACGGCUGAACUAUUCCCUACACGGCACCGCCACUCGUUGUUUGCUUUUGCAUCAAUGGUCGGGCGGUUGGGCUCUAUCACGGCGCCGCUGACACCAGCACUGGCUCAGGAAGUAUGGGAGCCAUUUCCGUCCGUAUUGUUUGGGUCAUUUGCGCUAGCAUCGGCCGCACUGAUCCUCACCACGCCAGAGACUCUGGGCACUACGCUGCCUGACACUAUGGCCGACGCUGAAAACCUCGCAACUAAGCGCUAAGCGUCUGUAAGUUUUGGUAAUUAUAAUAAAGGCUAGUCAAGGGUAGGGAAAUUAAACCUCCAUCAAAUACUUGAUUCACUAAAAGUCACUGACUUUACAUAAACUGUAUCAACAGAAUAAGUGAAAUGAGCAAUGCACAUGCGCGCUUAUGUUAAGAUUCUUAAGAAAAUGUUUAUAUAUUUAAUUAAAAAUGUAAAUGAGCAGUAAAAAUACAAACAGAAUUUAAUUAAACAAAUAUAAUAUUACAGCUUAAAAGCUUACAGCUCGCCCUUUUCUGACAAUGUUUGCGUCUCAAAAAGCACCUUACGAUUUAAACUAUUGUAACAUGUAAAAUUUAUGUAAAAUUGCAAUUUUAAUUCUAGAAUGAUAUCAAAUGUUGAUAUUGAAUGAUACUCAGGUAACACUGACAAUGUUUAGAAAAUGAAAAAAUGUAAAACGUACACGAAAUCAACUCGGGCGGGAGUUGGAUCAAAAUAUAAUAUGAUAUAAAGUAUUCAAUAUAUCAUAUUUUAUUUUAAUAAACUAAAACAUUCCCAAUAUAAUAUUGUGAAUGAUGUUUUUGUUAUACAAGCCUAAUUAAUUAAUUGAAUAUUAUUAAACAUGGUUUGUGCAAUUAUUUGUCCACUGGUUAACUGAAAUCUUCAACGAAUCAAAGUCAUUCAUUUAUAGCAAAUUAUAAUCUCGACAUCUUCGAAGUCGGAAACAGGGCAUCGCCGUCUUGUUUCUCAUCUCCGUCGAUAUUUUAAAAAUUUAUUUAUAAUCACACUUUCUAAUCUCAAAAUACCCCAACUCGUUAAUUUUAUAUUUUUAGCGUCUCAGAUAUCUUGAUCAACAUCACUUUUCGGUUAUCCUAAAUUAUUUUGUGGUCAUUUUAAAUGUUUUCGUCAAUGCUUUAUUACCUUACUCAAAAUAGUAGGAGAGCCGGCACCAAUUUUUGGGUAGGUAUUUGAGGGAAGCUGAAAACUUGUCACAUACCUCUCCUAUUAUAUUCCAACACGGAAUUGCAGACCUGGCUGGUGAGUAGCGGGGCUAAAUCAACCCCUACAUUUUUAAAAAUAUUAAUUUUUUUUUCCCAAAAAAUAUGUUUGAGGCAAUACGCAAUUUAUAUAUUAUGUUGCAGUGUAAUACUUAAUAAAUACGAAAAAAAAUAAGCCAGACAAUUUAAUCGGGGUUGUAACAUUACCAGACGCGUGCAAAAAAUGUUUGCAAAAAAUUAUAAAAAAUGUUUUUGAGGCAGCUUGAAAUUUUAAUGGAGUGUUAUUUAUAACUAUAAAAGUUUUCAGCUUGCUUCAAAUACCUACCCAAAAAUUGGUGCCAGCUCUCGGACCAAAAUAUGAUAAGUUUCUUCACUAAAAUAUCACAUAAUAAUAGAACGACAUUACUCUUACUAAAAGUAGUUUCGCCAUCUAUCCAUCCAUUCCAUCUUUGCCAACGAACUUUUCAAUAUAUACACAUGUACCCUUUUUUCUUCUUUAUUGACGCAAAGUAUACUUUAAGGUUUUUUCGAAACCAGACAGAUCUUUACGACACUUUAAACAAUUUCAGGUGAGGUGCUAGACAAUAGACAUCAACUUUUCGUAUUAAAAAAAAAAAAAUUGGUUGUUUGUAAAGUAGGUUUACGAUCGAGAUGUUUACGUGAUAACGUCUUAUUGGUGAUAUAAGUUUUUGGGAA